AUGGAGGAAUGUUAUAAAUUAAUUGAACGUCAGAUGUAUGCAGAAGCCUUGAGAAAUCUAACUUAGAUAUUAAAAAAAGAGAUCAAGAAUCCUUAAUUGGAGACAAUUUUUUUGAUUUAGCAUAUUCUUAGUUAAAGUUAAAGAUAUAAGAAUUUGCAAAUAAAAAUCUUAGAAAUUAUAAAAUAAGAUGAGAAUGAAGAAGAUAUAGAUGAUGAUAAAUAUUUCAAUCUAGUUUUGGAUUUAAUAAACUUAUAUAUAGAUUAAAAUAACAUUCAACAAGCAAAAAGUUGGUCUAGACAAUUAAAGAAAUAUGCACAAGGAAUCAAAUAUAAUGAACCAUUAUUGUAUUUAAUUGAGAAUUUAGAUAAUAUGCUAGCUUACAAAUAAAAAAGUGUUGAUUUGAAAGAAUAAGUAAAUGAAUUUGUUUAUCAAAGUUUGAAACUUAUGAAAGAUUAUCUGAAUUAGAGAAAAAGACUAAAUAUUUUGAAUAGGAUGGUAUGCCUGCAUAUCUGAUACCAACAAGAUGGUUUAAUAAGUGGAAAAGUUAUGUGACUGAUACAUCUAUUGAAUUACCAAAUGAGAACUUUAAUAUGGAAAAGGAAAUAGAAGUCUUAGAGAAUCUAUUUAAUGUUUCUAGUGAUCUUGAUAUUGAAGAAUAAAUAACUGCUCCAGGUCCUAUAAAUGGAUUUUAAUUGAUUUAAAUUCAAUCAGCUCUAGAUUUGGAUCCCUUUGGUCCAAAAUCAUAUACAAAUUACAUAUUAAAAGAUAAUAUAAGAGAAGGGUCAGAUUUUAUACUAGUUGGACAUAAAAUAUUUGAAUAUUUUAAGAAUAUUUAUGGUGGAUUCGAAAUCAAAAGAUUAAUAGUAGAACAUAGUUAAACUCAUUAAAAAUAUGUUGAUGUAAUUAAUAUAAUAAGAUUUAAAUAGUUAGUACCAAGAAUAAUCUAAUUUAUAAUUUUACCAAUUGAAGAGAAAUUUAGAUGGAGAAUAAUUACUGCAAAUAGUAGUGAUUUAGUUUUAGAUUUAUGUAAGAAAAUGAAUAGAAUAUUAAAAUUGAAUAAUGAAAUUAGAUGGUGGAAGUUUAAUGAUUUUUAGAGUCAAGAGGAUUUUAUACAGAAAUUUAAAAGAAGAGAAUUAUAUAAAUAAGUAUCUGCUAAAGUUUUAGACAAAACAAUAAUGAUUGAAGAAAUUAAUUUUACAAGUUCAGAUUUAUUUAUAUGUGAAAUAAGAUAUGGUAGAGAUUGGUAAAUAAGUGAAAUUGAUAAAAAGAAAUAAUCCACUUUUAAAAAAAAAAUGAAUAUAUCUGAUGUUCCUAAGAUAAUGAAUGAUUCUCGUAAAGGUGUAACAGGUUUAUAAAAUCUAGGUAAUACUUGUUUUAUGAAUGCUGCUUUAUAAUGUUUAAGUAAUACUUAUGAAUUAACUGAAUAUAUGGUUAGUAAUGAAUUCUAUUAACAUUUAAAUUGUGAAAAUCCAUUAGGAACAAAAGGAGUUUUGGCAACUGCUUAUGCUGAAUUAAUGAAAAUAAUGUGGUAUGGUAAUAAUUCAGCUGUUAGUGCUUAUGAUUUAAAAAGAGUGAUUGGUAAAUUUGCUCCAUAAUUUUAUGGUUAUGGAUAAUAGGAUUCACAUGAAUUUCUAUCUUAUUUAUUAGAUGGUUUACAUGAAGAUCUUAAUAAAGUUCUUAAUAAACCAUUUGUUAAUGAAAUAGAAAUUACAAAUGAAACUGAUUUUGAAGCUUCUAGAAUAUUUUGGAAUAAUUAUAUUCUUAGAAAUUAAAGUAAGAUUCAAUAAUUAAUGGUGGGUUAAUAUAAAUCUACUCUUAUUUGUCCAAAUUGUCAUAGAGUUUCUAAAACAUUUGAUCCUUAUAUGAGUCUUUCACUUCCCAUUCCUUCAUAUACAUUAAUAUAAUUAUCCUUGUAUUUUAUAUAUUAAAAUGGGAAGAUACCUUUAAAAAUAUAACUUAAUCUUACUAGUGAUUAAGAUGCCAAUUUUAUUGGAUAGGAAUUAUCAUAAGCAUUAAAUAUAGAAUAAGAUUAAAUGAAUUUUAUUUUAUUAAAAGAUCAUUUGAUAAGGGAAAGAAUUAAAAAAAAAUAGAAUGUUAAAUGGAUCUAAGAACAUGAAGGUUAAUUAUUUGUAUUUUAAAUUGAAAAAGAAUUUCAUUAAUUAUCAGAUGAUCAAAUUCAUGUUGAUUUCUAUUAUUGUAAUAAAACAGAUCGAUCAAAUUAUAAUGAAUAGAUCUUAACUUUCCCUAGAUAAUUUGUAUUAGAAAAGAAAAAUAAAAUUAUUGAUAUUUACUUUAAAAUUUAUCAACAAUUCAAACACCAUCUCAUUUUGAUUAUUUAAGAACUUGCUGAUUAAUUAUUAAAUGAAGGUGUAAAUCUUGAAGAAUAUUGUUAGGGUGUCCCUGAAACAUUAGAAGAAUUCAUUGAAGAAAUCAAAUUAUUCAAAGUUGAACUCUACAAAUUAUUAUAUAGAGGUAAACCAUUAGAUUACCUUAAUCAGGAUCCUAUUGAAAAUUUUAAUACUAAAAUUCUUUCAAUUAAUGUUGUAUUAAAUCCUAUUUUUGGAAGAUCAGAAAUAUAUAAUAUGAAAUUCUAAAGAUGCAAAGAUUUUAAUAUUGAAUAAAAUAGAUAAUUAAGAAAAGGAGAAUAUACAUUAGAAGAUUGUUUAAGAUCUUUUGCUAAAGAAGAAACUUUAGGUAAAGGUAAUGAAUGGUAUUGUAACAAAUGUAAACAACAUGUAUAAGCUACUAAAUAGAUGGAAAUCUAUAGAGCUCCAUAAUUAUUGAUUAUUCAUUUAAAAAGAUUUAGGUCUGGAAAUAAUAGAAUAAGUAAUUAUGGAGGUUUCUUUUAUUCUGGUGCAUCUCAAAAAAUAACAACAAUGGUUCAUUUUCCAAAAAAUUUAAAUUUGAAUCCCUUUGUUCUUUCUAAAGUGAAUGAUAAUGAUUCUAUAGAUUAUCAUUAUGAAUUAUAUGGAGUAGACAAUCAUUUUGGUGGUUUAGGAGGUGGACAUUAUACUGCCUGUGCAUAUAAUUCAUUAAUAAACAAAUGGGUAGAUUAUAAUGAUUCAAGUGCAAGAAUCACAUCAACAGAUGUUGAAAGUGAGGCUGCUUAUGUAUUAUUUUAUAGAAGAAUAGACUCUCAAAAAUGUAGUUUAGGAAGAUGAUU